GAGCACAUUAUGAUUGUUGUAAAUAACUAAUUUUGUAGUUUAGGAUUGUUUAUAAUUUAUAGUUUUAAAUUGAAAAAAAGUUAAACAAUAAUGCGUAAUUAAGAAAAAUAUGUUGGUUCAUUUUAUAGGAAUCACAAAUUUCUAAAUUUUACAUAUGGCGCCAGCAAUGGCUCGUAAAACACCAAAAGCUUCUACCACUGAAUUACUAAAGCGUCCAAAAAGAAAAACUGUAAUAAUGAAAGAAAACUUUAAAAAUGCAGAAAAAACAGAAAAGAUUUCUACAAAAAGUAAAUUUGAAGAAUCUUCAUCAAGUUCCACAAAGAAAGUUACCAAAAUAUCUCAAGUCAAGAAAAGUGAAUCAAAACGAAAAGAAAAUGCAACAAAGAAGAUCAAGACAUCAGCUAAGAAGCAAUCAGUUGAAGAAAAAAAGCAUUUUAGCAAUAAGAAUGAAAAUGAAAAAAAUGAAAGUGUUAUAGAAGAAAUAGAAGAAGAAGAAGUUGAAGCAGGAAAUCAAGAGAUUCGUCUUGAUGUUCACGAGAGAAAAAACCAUCCUGAUGAAAAAGAUAGUCAAUUAGGAUCAGAAAAUGAUAGUGACAAUAACAGUGAUCCUGAUGAUGGUGAACAAGAUAAUGAUGGAGAUUUAGAUUUUGACCCUGAGAAUGAUCCAGAUAAGUUAUGGUGCUUUUGUCGUCGCCCACAUGGUAAUAGGUUUAUGAUUUGCUGUGAUUUAUGCGAGGAUUGGUUCCAUGGAGAAUGUGUUGGAAUUUCUAUCAACAAAGGAAGGGAAAUGGAAAAAACUGGUGAAGAAUGGUGCUGUGAUAAAUGCAAAUCAGUUUCUCAACAAAAUGUUUUAUCUUCUAAGUCACCAUUAAACAGUCCUUUAAAAAAGGAAGCAUGUAGUAGUUUUUCAGAAGAAAGUUUACAUGCUGGUAGCUCAAUGUCAAAUGAAAAUUUAUCAAGUAAUGAUUCUGAAAAAUUAUGCACAGAUUUAAAAGAUCUUACAGUCGUCACAGAUCACGCAGAAAGCACUGAUUUGGCAAAGUCAGAUAUUUCCAGAAGAACAGUUCUUGAAAAAUUAAAAACUGAUAGGGUUAAAGAUACACUUGAGAAGAUACGAGCUCGUAGAAGAGAAUCUAGAAGCAAUGAUCUAAUUAAGUUUGAGCAAGUACCUACUCAAAAUGAGAACAGAGAGUUUAAAAGAAAUUUAUCUUUUGGAAGUGAUCAUUCUGAUGACCCUAAACGAAAACAGGUAGAAGAACAAAUCAAAAAUAAGGUCAAAAUGACUCCAACUCCACAAAAGUUGAAAAAUCAGACAUGUUGUAUUCGUGAAGAAUGUACACGCAGUGUUAUGAAAGGUUCAAUAUAUUGCAGCCGGGAAUGCAUUUAUAAGUAUGCCAAUGAAUCAAUUAAGUUUUUAGAAGAAGAAAAAAUAAAGUCUGUUAAUUCUCUAAAAUCUCCAGACAAAAUGAUGAGAAGCUCACCACGUGGCAUUACUGUCAUCAGUCCUGCAACUUCUUCAACAGAUCGUGUAACUGAAAGCACACAUGAAAGGAUUGCAGUUUUUGAAAAAUCCACUGGCAAGGUUGUUGCAGGUGUAAUGGCACCUACUAAAAAGUAUUUGUUUGCAUGGCUUGAAGAACAUCCAACAUAUGAAAUAUUAAAGCCUGGAAAGCAACCUGACAGUUUAAAAAACGUUAAAAAAGAUCAAGACGAAUUAGUUCGCAGCAGUGUGCGUCGUGUACUAAGACAAGUUUUAGUUAGCCGCUGUAAACAAGAUGAGCUUCUUGUUAUUCAAGUUGAGUCGAUUGGUAAAUUAUGUAAGAAGAUUGAAUCUGAACUUUUAAAGUUAUUUGUAGAAACAAAUAAUAAAUACAAGGCUAAGUCUCGUAGUCUAAUAUUCAAUCUCAGAGAUAAUCAAAACAAGAUUUUAUACAAACGUGUUGUGUCUGGUGAAAUCACACCAUAUGAGCUUGUUCGAAUGACUCCUGAACAGCUUGCCACUCCAGCAUUAGCUCAAUGGAGAGAACAAGAAUCAAAGCAUCAUCUUGAGAUGGUAAAGAAGAGAGAACUAGAAGAGGCAGAAAUGCUCAAAAUUCCUCGUGUAAAACAAACACAUAAGGGAGAGAUUGAAAUAGUAAGAGAAAAAGAAGAAUUAGGAAACUUUGAGACAAAGGUGUUUGAUAACUCUACCAGUAAUGCAACAGAUGUGAUGAAACUUUUAAAUGAUACAACAGUUGAGCAUAAUCAUCAUCUCUUUGAUGCAAACUGUAAAAUAUGCACUGGAAAAAUAGCACCACCUGGAGAACCUCAAUCAUUAGGUGUAUCUACAACAGUUGUGCAAGCUGAACCUGAAUCAUCAAUGCCUUCUCCUGAAGAUGAUAUUGAUAUGACACUUAUCGGAUCUUCUCCUGUUUCAAUUGAUACCCCUAUAACUACACCUGUCACACCAGCAUCUCCCGUGGCAAUGACACCUAUAGUGCUUCAAUCAAAACAGGCAUCUGUAUGGAGAGGUUUUGUCAUGAUGCAGAAAGUUGCUAAGUUUAUUACUACUGCUUAUCAAGUAUCAGGAAGUUGUGAAAAUCUCAUGCAAAUACUUCCUGACACUGUACACGUGUGUGGAAGAAUCCCACCAGAUCAAGUUUGGGAAUAUUUAGGUCAAUUAAAAUCUGGUCGCAAAAACAAGUACAUAGAUGUCAUUCGUUUUGAAAUGUCUUCAAAAGAAGAGAAAACAGGUUACAUAAAGCUUUAUACAUAUUUUUAUCAACGCCACAGAAUUGGUGUUGUUGGAAACUGUAGUCAGGGUAUUAAAGAUAUGUAUAUAUUACCACUUGCAUCUCAAGAAGCAAUUCCGGCAGAACUUCAACCUCUGCCAGGUUUGCCAAAUCCUCGUCCCCAUAUGUUGCUUGGAAUAAUAGUUCGUGUUAAGUCUCAAAUAGCUAAAGAACUUCCUUCCGAUUCAUCACCCGAAGUAUUUAUCAAACGCAAAAAGAAAAAGAAAGAUAAAAAAAAGGAAAAAGAACUUGAGGAACAGCUUGAAACACAAAAGAAACUUGUCGAUAUUAUUUUUCAAAAUAGAACUAUUCAAGCUGCUAUUGGAGCUGAUUCACUUGCCUUAAAUUCUUUAGCAUUGUUAAAAUCAAUUGAAGGAAAUAAACUAGCAGAAUCAAUUGAAGCUACUGAGAGAACAAAACCAAUUGAAACAACUGAAAGAGCCAAAUCAAUUGAAUUCAAUGAGAAAUCACUAGAAGUGACUGACAGAGUAAAGCCGAGUGAAAGAGUAAAGCCGACUGACAGAGUAAAGAAACUUAGCGAAGAAGUACAAAAUGAAAAUUUGCUUAAGGAGGAUCCACAAGUUUCUAUAGAAUCUAAAGAUCAUGUCAUCAUUCCUGAUCCAGACAGCUUAGCAAAAAAUUUUCACGAAAAUAUAAUGUGUUUGCUUCGUGAUUCUAAGGAAAAAGGAACUAUAAAUAUAAGUGAUCAAGAAUUAAUUGACCAAGAUAAGACUGGAUCUAAAAAUGCAUCUGGCAUGUUCAAAAAUGAUAUUACUAAAAAUGACAUUCCUGUAGAUUCUAGUAGUGAAAAAAUUUUAGAAGAAUCGAUCCAAUUAAAAGAUGAAAGUAAUGUGGAAAUUCCUUUACUUGGUAUAACAUCAACAGUUGAUCCAUCAUUUCUUAACAAUAGUACCUUUAACCUAGCAGAUGAAGAUUAUGCCUUGAAUCUUAUUGAAGACAUGAAGAUACCUACUGAAUUUCCUAAGAUGCCAUUUGACUUUUUAAAGCAUAAAGAAGAAAUUAAAAUGCCAGAAUUACCUGACAUAAAUCUUCCGUCAUCUUUUAAAUUUCGAAGUGAUUCUACUGGAAAUUCUCAGAGUACUAUACCUCUUCCAAUACCAGGGUCUAUUCCUCAAGUACCACUUCCACCUAAUAUUAUUAAUAAACUGCCUCCAGGAGUGCCACUUCCCCCAUUACCACCUCAAAGACCAACUUUAUCUGAAUAUCGACAUCCUGUAGAUCCAAGAACUGGGUUUCGAUCUUCUUUUUCAGAUUCAAAUAAAAUUACACAAAAUGAAGAUUUUGAACGCUGCAACAAAACACAAGAUUAUAAUUUUGGGAGAGAAAAAGAAGAUACAUUCUCUCAUUUGUCAAAUGUUUCUGGAUUGCGUGAUUUGGAAAGAUCUAACUAUCUAAGACAUGAACAAGUUAUGCAAAAAACUGAAUUUAACCCAAAUAACAAGUUUUCAUUCCAAAAUUUUCAAUCAUCUAAUGUACGUUUUACUGAUCAGCAUUUUUCUGGUAAAAAUGACACUCAACUAAAUUUUAAUGAUCCACCAACAAAUCAUCAUAACAAACCUCAUGUUUCUUUGCAACAUUCUCAUCAAGAUAUUUAUCAAUCGAACAACAAGCAAAAUACGCAUCAAGAUGUUAUUUAUAACCAAUCAGUUAACAAGCAACAUCAUUAUAGACAAGACUUUCCACGUAUGUCAAAUCAACCACCAGUAAACGAUUAUAUGCAUGAAAGUCGAUAUAGCAACAAUAGGAAUUUUUCAAGACCACCAUUCAAUCCUCCUGGUCCAAUGCCUUUACCACCAGGACCUCGACCAAUGUUGCCACGACACACACCCGGGUUCUUUGAAAGAGUUCCAAAUCAUGAGGGAAAUCACAGAAGAGAAGGAAGAGAUCACUUUGAUGAACCUACUGAUUAUAUGCAUGGCGAAAAGUAUCAUUUUCAACAAGAGUUUCAGAAUAAUUCAUUGCCUUACAGAAAUGAAGACUAUCCCCCUGAUUCAGAUUUUCGUAAUCAUAGAAAUAAUGAAUCACAUUUAUUUCCUCAUGAUAAUGAUUUUCAAAGAAAAUCUUUUGAUUGGAAUCAUUCAGUUCAACACGAAAACCUUCACCAUAAACCAAACUUUAGAAAGAGACAUUUUGACAAUCCAAAUUUUAAUGAAGACUUUGAAGAUUUUCACGAAAAUUUCAAUUCUAAUCCACCUUUUGUUACUAACAGACCACAAAGGUUUAAUAAUAGAUCACUUAAUAGACCUCCUAGAGGACGAGGCCAUUAUUCAAAAUGGCAAGACAACAAGUCUUCACAAUCAUGGGAAAACUUAUAAAAAGAAGAUUUGUUUACAUAGUCUUUAUGCUUUUGUAGAAAUUAUUUUAUAUUUUAAUUUUUUCAAAAAAGUUCUUUUUAUUAUUUUAAACAUUUUGUUCAGUUUAACUUUAGAAGUUUUUUUGUUUAUUUAUGUUUUUAUUUCUAUUUUAAUAAACAUCAAAAUGUGAUUUAGUUUUAAUAUUUUUUUGUUUCCUGCGUGAAACAGUAAAUUUCUGCUUCUUUGUUUCCA